CUGGAGUCAUGUGUCUUGUUGUGUUUCCAGUUGAUUCUUCCUCACAGCUCCUUGUUGCACCAGAAGUGACAUUAUGGCAUCUGCAGGGCUUCAGAUCUUGGGUAUCUUUUUGGCAGUGAUUGGCUUUUUUGGAGACAUAAUUACCUGUGCUCUGCCGUUGUGGAAGGUGUCUGCUUUCAUUGGAAACAACAUCGUGACAGCACAGGUUUUCUGGGAGGGCCUCUGGAUGAAUUGUGUGAUGCAGAGCACUGGCCAGAUGCAGUGCAAGGUCUACGAUUCCAUGCUCGCUCUUCCUCAAGACCUGCAGGCAGCCCGCGCUCUGGUUGUGAUCUCCAUCUUGCUCAGCCUAAUGGGACUCCUGCUUGCCAUCGCAGGUGGAAAGUGCACCAACUGCAUUGAAGAGGAGACUGCCAAGAGUAAGGUGGCCAUUGCUGCAGGUGUGGUGUUCAUUGUUGGUGGCAUCCUGUGCCUCAUCCCUGUAUCCUGGUCUGCUAAUGAGGUCAUCAGGAACUUCUACAACCCUAUUAUGUCUGACGGACAGAGGAGAGAGCUUGGAGCAUCGCUGUUCAUUGGCUGGGCUUCAUCUGGACUUCUGAUCAUCGGAGGUGCACUCCUUUGUUGUCAGUGCAAGCAGCCUAAAGAUGGUGGAUACUCUGUCAAAUACUCCGCUCCACGCUCUGCAACAGGUGGUGGAGCAUAUGUUUAAAUGUCUGCAAGAGGUUGGAAUGGCUGUAGACUGUCACCCUCAAGAGAAAUGGACUGGGCUCUUUAUUU